UAAUGUGUACAUUGAAAUGUUUCUUUCUUAAAAAACAAAAUAUAGUUCUGAAAAAUCUUUUACUUUGUGAAUAUUUAAAUUUGCUGUUAAGUAAAAUUGAGAAUGAAUCAUUUUUUUUGUCGGAUUCUUCUUUUGUUUGCGACCAGCACUUUUGUUGUUAUGGCUGAGAUGAGACUAGAAUAUGUUGCCUCUAACAAAGAGACAAUGGAAAACUUGUUGUACAUUUUUUUCAAAGUUAUUCCUUCAAUAAUUAAUGACAAUGAAAUUAAUUUUAACAUUGUUGAUAUCAAUAAUAAAUUUAAUGAUAUCGAAAAAGAUGCACGAACUAUGAAUAUAAAUGAUGAUAUAUAUUUAAAGCCAUUAAUGGAUCGUCUUAAUGAAGUAAUAUCAAACAACUGUGAAGAACGUUCAAAAAUCUUAACUUUAGAAGAAUUCUAUAUUUUGCGGAACGUUACUUCUAAAGUAACAUCUAAAUUAACGGCAAAAGAUGUGGACUUAACCAAUAAUUUUACUCUCUUGCAAAUUGUCUCCAGACUGGAAAAUAAUUUACUGAAUAUCGAUCACUGUUCAGCAAACAUUAAUAAAAACAUUGCUUUUUAUGAGAAAUUAAUGCAGCAAGUUGUAAUUAAAAAUUUACAAUCAAAAAAUCAUAUUCUUAUUGAAAUGAUAAAUUCCGAUUUGGAAUAUACUAUGUUAAUAUUAGAAAUUGUGAUUAAUGAUAUGCAGGACACGAAAAUAGAAAAAUGCAAUGUAACCAAAAAAUUAAGUGAGGAAGGAAAAAGUUUUAAAAAAUUUCUAGAAAAUUGUAAAACAUUAUAUAGUGAGCCUAAUUCUUUGAAGAUUCCUUCAAUUGUGUACUUUUCAUUAGCUGGUAUACUAGCUUCUCUAGGACUACUAAGUACAUCCUUCGCAUUAAAAAAAUAGAUUUUUAAAAUGUACUUUAUUUAUAUUGAAAUUA